UAUGUUGAGGCAACAAAGAAGGCGCAGUUUGAAAAUGAAAUUAUUAGUAUGAAGUAGCAGCGCAGGCACAUUUGGAAAAUUAUGCCGAAAAGCAAGAUGGAAUUUGGGAAAUGUUAUAAAUCGAGUGGCGUUAUUUAAGAUGUGCUCCAAACAUUUGGCGAAAUUUUAUUCAUCUUCUCAACGUGCUAAGUUACAAGUUAAGAUGACUGCCACCACGGCCGGUAAGAAGCCCGAAGCAAAGGGCAAACAACCUUCCAGCAAGCUGCCUUCUGUCUCCGAGUCGUAGCUGAAGUUCAGCAAGAAGCAGGUCAGCAAACGUGCUACCCUGAUUAAGCGUAAACUAAAGCGCUCUGCUGUGAUCACGCUCUGCAAACGUGAACACUUGGUUGAGAAAUAUCUAACAAAAUAUCUCCGUGAUGGACGCCGUGAGAAUAAGUUGCGCCGUCUGGCAAAGAAACGCGGCCCAUUCUACGUGCCUGCAAAAGACAAAUUGGCUUUUGUUAUCUGUAUCCGCGGUAUCAACAAAGUUUCACCAAAAGUCCGUAAAGUUUUAUGCCUGGGUUAUAAUGGAAGUAACGGAACGGAGUGAACUGUCACUUAAUUAUCUAUUGUAUGGGAAAUUAAUGCAAAUGGUUAUAAUGCACGUAACGUAACGUAAAACGGAACAAUCUAAAAUCAAUAGAUCCUUACGAAUUCGCCGCGAUUUGUUACGAUUCGCCCCGUCCAUUAUAACCAAGGCAUUACUGUUGUUCCGUUUUCGUCACAUUAACCACGGUUUGUUCAUCAAAUUGAACCAUUAAUAUGCUACGCAUUGCCGAACCCUAUAUAACAUGGGGUUAUCCAAAUCUUAAAUCAGUUCGUGAAUUGAUCUACAAACGUGGAAUUGUCAAGCACAACCAUCAACGUGUCUCAAUCUCUGACAACUUUGUGAUCGAACGCAAAUUGCGCAAAGCGCACGAUAUUCAGUGCGUUGUUAUUUGGCGCACGAAAUAUUCACUUUUGGAUCCCACUUCAAGAAAGCCUCCAACUUCCUCUGGCCAUUCAAGCUCAACACCAACCGGCGGCUGGCGCAAGAGCGCUAAUCACUACGUUGAGGUUGGUGAUUUCGGUAACGGUGAAGAUAAGAUCAACAAACUGCUGCGCAAGAUGGUUUAAAGAAAUUCUUUG